AUGGGCUUUCUGAACACAUUCGCUUCUACGCUCGCAGCCGCAGCAUUCGUUUCUGCUCAGCACGAUGCUGGCGCGAAGCUCGAUAAGCCGACGCUCCAUGAUAAUCUCGACUACCUCAAGCAGGGUAUCAUUGACAAUUUGCCCGAGACGAACUUCAACUACGAGCUCCAAGCCGCGGGCACGAUCCCGGACGACUGCAACAAGGUCGCCACCGGUCAGGUCUACAACACCGUCAACUACAACCCUGCCGACUUUGACAUCUUCAAUGUCCACUACGACGAUUGCGGCGACCCCUGGGUUUUCUGCCACCACAAGCAAUCCCCCAUCACCAUCGACUCGAUGGCGCGCCAAUUUGGCAAGCUCCCCGUCCAGAUGCGCCAGUGGAUCCGGCACGUCGUUGACGUUCCCUCUGACGGUGGCUGGGCCUUCGAAUUCGACGGCACCGUUACCUUCCUGGACCCCAAAGAUGACAUGAUGCCCGUGAUAGUUCACGAGACGGGCCACUCGCUCGAUCUGUCCGGCGCGUACGCCGACAAGCCCAUGUCGUCGUCCGACCGCUGGUGGGACAACUACAACCAGGACUCCAACGUCCCGGAUACGUAUGCGUCGACCAACGCGAUCGAAGACGUCGCGCAGAAUACCGUGGUUGCUGUGUUCAAUGAGAACUAUCCUGGGGGAUUUGGCGCCAUUGAACCGGAUUAUGAGAAGAUCUCGCACCAGUAUUACACGCUUAUCAGUGAGGCGAUUGAUGCGGGCCAGGGGAACAAUCUUUUCAAGCCUGGACAGAGCGCGCAGUGCACUCACCGCAUGGCGCCUACGGAUCCGGUGCCUGUUGGAGGGUCGAAGAAGCGCAGCAUGCGCGAGCGCCGGGGUGCAGCGCCUGUUGUUGGACUGAGUAAAAACGUUACGGAGAUUGUAACGAAAAGGGAUGGCGCGAAGAAGAGGAGCGACUGCUCUCUUAGGUGGUGA